ACCACAUCAAACUAAGCAUGGCCAACUCAGACUCUUCACACAUCUUUCUGCUUCUUCUCCUUCUUUUGUCUUGCUUUAACUCUUCGCUACCUUAUGUUCUGAAAAACUGCACUGUACUUUAUCAGGAGAAUCCCUCCGCUGAUAUUUGUCUGGACUGCGCAAAGAGGAAAAUCGAGACAGUCCCAAAAGACAUCCCUAAAGAUGUUGUGUCAUUAAAACUGAACAACAACUGGGUUCAAAAAAUUAACAAAGACGAUUUCCUUGGCAUGUCAAAGCUUAGAACUCUGGAUCUAACAGUAAAUCAAAUUACAGAUGUGGACCAAGGGUCAUUUAUCGAUUUAAUUUUUCUUAAAACUCUACGCAUGGGAAAUAACAAACUUAAUUAUCUGAUAAACAACAUGUUUCAGGGUUUGUUCAACCUUACUGUGCUUCUUCUCAACAAUAAUGGCAUACAGUUUAUUGAUUCAAGAGCUUUCCAAUCCCUUAUUAACUUAGAGACCCUAGAUAUGGGAAACAAUAGGCUUCAACAAAUCACUGAUAUUCAGCCAGUCCUACAGUUACCACGAAUCCGAACUCUUGGACUAAAAUGCAGUGGGUUUUCUUCUUUCAAUACCAGGGACCUGCAGCUUGGUCUUCCCUCAAAUCUCAAAGAAUUGGAUAUUUCUGGUGAUUACCUGAAGGUUUUCAGCCUCACUAAACCAAUUUUUCCUUAUCUCCAUAGGGUCGAGUUCACUAUGUGUUUAUAUUAUAAAGACCUCCAAUGGGAUAUCCCUGAAAAAGAGUUGUUGAAGAACAUAUCACAUUUAUAUCUUGAGAGGCCAAUUCUUUCAGAUGAAGGGAUCACAAAAAUUUUGGAGAGUCUUGACUCGUUAAGGCAUCUGAGACUAAAUGCCCUGAAGAUGCGGGUUUACGAAGGACUAUUAUUUACAGUCUGCAAAAUACCAACACUGAGGAAGCUGGAUUUGUUUAACAGCAAUAUUAACAAUUUGGCUGUUCAAAUAUCACUCUGCUCUCAGCUCACCGAGCUUGACAUGAGAAAGAGUGACAUAGGUGAACUGCCACAGGGUUCAUUACAAUCAAUGAAGCAGCUCCAAUCUUUAAACAUGAGUGGCAAUCAGCUCAUCAAAGUUCCAGAUGAUAUAAAAAAUCUAAGUUUCCUUAAGAUCUUAAAUCUAAAUUACAAUUAUAUACUAGAUUUGACCUGUUAUGAUUUUUGGAACACGAGUCUGUUAACAGAACUUUACCUGAAAAAUAAUCGCAUUAGCUAUGUGGUUGGGUGUGCAUUGGAAAAUCUGGAAAAUCUAAAGAUUUUAGAUUUGAGUUUUAAUUUGCUGACAAAAUUUGAAAAUGAUCUAGUUCUUCCUAAUCUUGAAGUCUUGAAGAUAAACCGCAAUGAGAUUGGAUUUCUAAAGAUGUAUGAUUUUAUUCAUUUACAGUCCCUUAAAGAGCUUGAUGUAGCGACAUGUUUUUGGGAGAUGCUGACACAAAAAGAAUUUGAUAAAUUAAAUAACGUGGAGAAUAUUACUAUAUCUCAUGACAUAUUUGAACUCAAGCACCUGGAAAAAUUAACAAUAAGGUUAAAUCCCCACGAAUCUUUGAACAGACUUCAAUCGACUUCUUCAAGAGAUAUAAUUUACUUAGAAUCUAUGAAAAGUCUCACAAUGAUCUGCAACGUUUUUUUUUCAGCAUUGGACAUGAAAGAAGUACUCUGGACUAUGAGAUAUUUGGAGAAUUUUACAGCUGUAAAAUGUACUUCUCAAGUUUCAGGUACAGACAUAUUUAAUUUUAAUCCCCAUCUGAAGAGUGUAGCAUUCACAGAGGGAGAUCUUUCAGACUUGGAUGCAGAACUUUUUCUGCCAAUUCCAAAUCUGCAGAGUCUUGAUCUUUCCGCUUCCAACAUAAGUUCUUUGGAUUUUCUGAUGCAGGCCAAUCUAUCAGCACUUAAAUAUUUGAAACUCACUGAAAACAAGCUUUCAUGGAUCAACGAGACAGUUUUCAAGGAUUUUCCCUCUCUAACAUACUUGGAUCUAGAUAAAAACCCAUUCACCUGUGACUGCUCAAAUGCAGGUUUUAUCCAAUGGGUAAAGAACAACAAGCAAACACAGGUAGUAAACGCUCAUCGUUAUAAAUGUUCCUUUCCCUCAGACAAACAAGGAAGUUUGUUAUUAGAAUUUGAUAUCCACUCAUGUAGGGACGAUGGUAGCUUUUUCUGUUUCAUUUCUAGCUCUUGUCUCGUUGUUCUUACUCUUCUUACGUGCUUUAUCUAUAACUUCCUGAGAUGGCAUCUUACCUACACCUUCCAUCUCUUCCUGGCCUAUCUCUAUGACAGCAGAAGGGGAAAAAAAGGGGUCCCGCGUCGGUUUGAUGCAUUUGUAUCCUAUAACGUCCAUGAUGAGAACUGGGUUUACAAAGAGAUGCUUCCAGUGUUGGAGGGAGAGCAAGGCUGGAGACUCUGUCUGCACCACAGAGACUUUCAACCAGGUAAACCCAUCAUUGAGAACAUCACUGAUGCCAUUUAUAGCAGCAGGAAGACCAUCUGUGUUAUCAGUCACAACUACCUGCAGAGUGAAUGGUGCUCCAGGGAGAUUCAGAUGGCAAGCUAUCGUCUGUUUGAUGAGAAGAAAGAUGUGCUGAUCCUGUUAUUUUUGGAGGACAUCCCUUCCCGGUAUCUGUCUCCAUGUUACCACAUUAGAAAGCUGGUGAAGAAACACACCUACCUAAGCUGGCCUCAAGCUGCACAACACCCGGGAGUCUUUUGGCAAAAUGUCCAGAGAGCUCUGAAGACAGGAGACACUCUGACUGAGAACACAGACCUGUUGAAUGGACCAAGACAAUGCUGAAAUAGUCAAAGGAAUUUCUAGUGCAUAAUCUAAUAAGGUUAUCACCAUGGGCUUGCACCAAUAUGCACUUCAGUUCUUUGGAGGGUUGGAAGGGACAACAUUAAAUAAAUAAACAUAUCAUGAAAUAAUUAGAUGUAAAUGUACCAUGAGCUAAACUUUGUAUAAAACAAAUAAAACCUUUAAAUGUCAUAUAAAAGCAACACUUUAUAUUAUUUUAGCCCUACAUUUUAGUU